AUGACAACUUCGAAACGGUCGAAACGUUUGAAACGUUUGCAUCGGAUGAGCUCCGCAAGCUCCGCCUGGGACCCGGUGGCCGAAGAAUUGCAGAAUGUCUGGCAAAUUUUCAUGAAUGCUGCAAAUGGUUAUAUAGACAGCAUGGCUAAUCCUCCAGAAUCUGAUCGCAGCCGGAGUGCUCGAUGGUUGGUUCCCUUUUGUUUGGUCUUGAUUCCUCUCUGGGUGAGUCUUGUCAACAAGGCCGUUCCAGAAUCCUACCUCGACGAAGUCUUCCAUGUCCCACAAGCACAAGCAUACUGGGCGCAUAAGUGGACGCAAUGGGAUCCGAAGCUUACAACACCACCGGGCCUGUAUUUGUGCUCAUACGUCAUCUUCGCUAUUGUGCUGCUGCUACGCGGGUCCCCGACAAAGCUCACUCCCGAUGUCCUGCGCAUGACGAACGUUGGUGCGACAACAGUUGUUUUCCCAUGGAGACUACAAAAGCUGCUUGAUACCUUGCAGAAGACGAAAAAUACUCGGCCGCUGGGAGCGAACGUGUCUCACACCGUGUUGAACAUCUGCUUGUUCCCUCCGCUGUUCUUCUUCUCCGGUCUGUACUACACAGAUGUUCUUGCAUUGCUGGUCGUCGUGGAGGCAUACAAUUGGGACCUGAAGAGAGAUUUAGAAAGGGAUCAGAAAACUGAGUCGGGAGAAGGUGCGAAAAGAGCGCCUAGCAAUGGCAUUCUGGAGACAUUGGGAUUCUUGGGUUUCGCGCUGGCUGCACUGGUCUUCCGACAGACCAAUAUCUUCUGGGUCUCGAUCUUCCUAGGUGGACUUCAAGUGGUCCGCAAGAUUCGCAAGUCUGCCACGCCGUGCAUGUCAUCGAAAGUGUCAACGAUUGUGAAGCAAGGUCUGCAGAAUGAGGUGUAUGAUCCUCUCGUUUCGGAGGCUUCCUUGGAAGAUUAUUUCAAGACCGCUAUUUCACUUGCAACUGUGGGCCUGAAGCAGCCUUUCUCUCUCCUCGUUUCUCUCAUUCCUCACAUCAUCGUCCUUGCGGCAUUUGGUGCAUUUGUCCUUUGGAACAACGGAGUCGUUCUAGGCCACAAGGAGUUCCAUACCGCGGGUAUCCACCUGGCUCAGAUGCUCUACAUCUGGCCGUAUUUCACCUUCUUCUCAUGGCCUCUUUUCGUCAUUCCUCUGAUCAACAUUCUCGCCCUUAAGCCGCUCCCCAAAUAUCUGAACCUCGGCUUCCCGCCGAAACAGAGGAAAUACCCCAAGCUAAAGGCAGCCCUGAUUGUGAUCCCGCUUAUGCUUGCCGUGGUCCACUUCAAUACCAUUGUGCACCCCUUCACUCUUGCUGAUAACCGACACUAUGUGUUCUACGUGUUCCGUAUUCUUCUGCUCCACCCAGCAGUCAAGUAUGCAGCAGUCCCAGUCUACUUCCUUUGUGGAUGGGCUGUGAUCUCCGCUUUUGGAUUCACCACCAUCCAACGUCCGCCCAAAACCCUCCGAGUUCAGAGAUCUGCCCCGGCUGUACCACCGACGCCGGCUCCGGCACCAGCUCCGGCUCCGGCACCAGCAGUCCAAGAGCCCAAACCCACUUCGUCCUCUGCGCGCAAGCCUGCACCGGCACACCAACAGCCGCCAAAGGGAACGAAGAAGCCCAACCGGCCCAAUUACAAGAAGGUCAAGAAGCCUGAACCACCAGUGGAGACCAAUAAGACCGAGCCACCAGCAGAGAUUACGGAUCCAAAUGAUCCCGCGAUCCUGGCUAGAGUCCAGCAACACAUCUUCACACGGCAGAGGGAAUUGCUGGAGGCACCGCGCGUUAGCUUCGUCCUUGUCUGGCUGGCCGCUACCUCCCUGUCCCUCAUCACAGCACCCCUCGUCGAACCCCGCUACUUCAUCAUUCCGUGGGUUAUGUGGCGUGUGCAUCUCCCUCCUCUGCCAUGUCUGUUCAGGGACCGAGAGACUCGCCCUCGCACAGAGGAAGCCAAGCGCCGCGCUGACUUCAUUAUCAACGCACCAAAGUUCGUGGAGACGGUUUGGUUCUUGAUCAUUAAUUUGAUCACUGGAUAUGUCUUCCUGUACAAGGGCUUUGAGUGGCCACAGGAGCCUGGCAAGACUCAGCGCUUCAUGUGGUGA